AUGGUAACAGAUUAUGUCACGCCCACAGUAUCACGCCAUGUGUCCGCUCGCAGGGCUCGGCGCAAGAGCGUGUGCAUGCCCAAGAAGCUGACAGCUGUGAGUGUGUCGGUGUCCAUGAAGAGUAUUCGCUGUUUGCGUCCUCUGCUGCCGCUUCCCCUGGCUUCCCUGUCUGUUGCCAUGGUCACAGUACCUGCCCUCUCUCUCCUGUUGGCUCUGGUGGAAUGGGUGGGGCUGACAGGCUCCUCCCCUCACCUCUUGCUCCGCCCCCGUGAGCGGGAGCGGGACCCAGUGGCCUCGAUGCACUUCAACAUCGCGGUGAUCCAUGCGGGCUCCGGGGCUCAGGGGGACGCGGGGGCCGCGGCGGCCGGGGGCAGAGUGCUGUACCCUGGCUUCGGCCGAGUGCACAGCAGCUUCGGAGAGAGCGUCGUCACCCAGUGGGGCUCUGCUAACGUCAUCUGGCUUCAGGUGAAUGACAGUAGUCCCAGGACGCUGCUCUCCCAGCUGUGUGACCUGCUGGCAGCCAGGCCCUUGCAGGGGCUAGUUUAUGAGGACGAAAGGCCCCUCCCGCUGGCUUCUGGCCCGUUGGCUCCUAUGCUGGAAUUUGUCUCAGCCCAGACUGGACUUCCCAUCGUGGCUGUGGGAGGGGGAGCGAGUUGGGCAGGGUGCCACAGGAGACAGGGCUCCAUCUUCCUGCAGUUCAGCACCUCCACCUCUCUUCAGUUGGAAGUGAUCUUCGAGGUGCUGGAGGAGUAUGACUGGACGGCCUUCUCAGUGGUCUCCACACGUCACCACGGUUACCAGGACUUCCUGUCCGUGGUGGAGGGCUUGACGGACGGCUCCUUCAUCGGCUGGGAGAAGAAGAGCGUGGUGAUGUUGAAUUUAACUGACGAUCCAGGCGGAGCCCGCGCACGUAGGCUGCUGAAGGAGAACGAGGCGCAGGUGCGCCUGCUGUACUGCUCACAGGAGGAGGCUGAGCAGGUGUUCCAUGCUGCGUGGGCCGCAGGUCAGGCAGGAGCCUCUCACAUUUGGUUUGUGGUGGGCCCGGCUCUGUCCGAGCUGGGCCUGACUGGGCUGCCUAAUCGGCUGUUCGCCGUGCGGCCGCAGGGCUGGAGGGAUGAGCCGCGCCGCCGUAUCGCACGUGGAGUCUCCGUCCUCACUCACGGGGCUGUGGCACUGCGCAAGGACUAUGGGGCCACGGGUGGGCCGCACUUUGUCACCAACUGUCAGACAGACGGCAACAGGACGCAGAAGAUUCGCGGGAGAAUGAAAUACUUCAGUAACAUCACCCUGGGUGGGAGGGAUUACUCCUUCAAUAGUGACGGAUACCUGGCCAAUCCCUUUCUGGAUGUCAUCUCCUACACACCCGGGAGUGGCUGGGAAGACGUAGGAUGGUGGGAGAACGGAGUGCUCCGCCUGCGAUACCCCGCUUGGUCUCGUUACGGCCCCUUCCUACAGCCACCUGAUGAUGCUCAGCACCUGAGGGUGGUGACCCUGGAGGAGCGGCCCUUCGUCAUCGUGGAAUUGGCUGACCCCGCCUCCGGAACUUGCAUUAGGGAUUCUGUGCCCUGCCGACGACCUCUCAAUGCCACGGCUCUUCAGGAAGGCGUUGCUCCAGUGAAACAGUGCUGCAAGGGCUUCUGCAUCGACAUCCUGAAGCGGCUGGCCAGGAUCGUGGGCUUCACCUAUGACCUCUACCUGGUGACCAAUGGAAAACACGGGAAGAAGAUUGACGGCGUGUGGAACGGCAUGGUGGGGGAGGUGGUGUACAAGCGUGCAGACAUGGCUAUCGGCUCGCUCACGAUUAACGAGGAGAGGUCAGAGGUUAUCGACUUCUCAGUGCCCUUCGUGGAGACGGGGAUCAGCGUCAUGGUCUCCCGUAGCAACGGAACAGUCUCACCUUCCGCCUUCCUUGAGCCCUACAGCCCCGCUGUUUGGGUCAUGAUGUUCGUUAUGUGCCUGACCGUGGUAGCCGUGACCGUCUUCAUCUUCGAGUUCUUCAGUCCAGUCGGAUAUAACCGCAGCCUCCAGAACGGCAAGAAAGCUGGAGGCUCCAAGUUCACCAUUGGGAAGUCCAUCUGGCUGCUGUGGGCGCUGGUCUUCAAUAACUCAGUGCCCGUGGAGAACCCUAAAGGGACCACCAGUAAGAUCAUGGUGCUGGUGUGGGCUUUCUUCGCCGUCAUCUUCCUGGCCAGUUACACUGCCAACCUGGCCGCCUUUAUGAUCCAAGAGGAAUACAUUGACACCGUUUCUGGCCUCAGUGACAAAAAGUUCCAGCACCCGACGGAGCAGUAUCCUCCGCUGAAGUUUGGGACGGUUCCCAACGGCAGCACCGAGAAGAAUAUCCGCAGUAAUUACCCCGACAUGCACCACUACAUGAUCAAAUACAACCAGAAAGGAGUGGAGGAGGCCAUCACCAACCUGAAGACGGGUAAGCUGGAUGCGUUUAUCUAUGAUGCCGCAGUGCUGAACUACAUGGCUCGUAAGGAUGAAGGCUGCAAAGUGAUGACUAUUGGCUCCGGUAAAGUCUUCGCCACCACAGGCUACGGCAUCGCCCUCAUCAAAAACUCACGCUGGAAACGGCCGCUGGACCUGGCCCUGCUGCAGCUGGUGGGCGACGAUGAGAUCGAAAUGCUGGAGCGUCUCUGGCUCUCAGGGAUCUGUCACAACGAUAAAAUCGAGGUGAUGAGCUCCAAGCUGGACAUCGACAACAUGGCCGGGGUUUUCUACAUGUUGCUGGUGGCCAUGGGCCUGAGUCUGCUGGUGUUUGCCUGGGAGCACCUUGUCUACUGGAGGCUCCGUCACUGCAUGAGCGGCUUGGGCCAGACCGGCAAACUGGACUUCCUGCUGGCCUUCAGCAGGGGAAUGUACAGCUGCUGCAGUUUUGAGGAUGAAACUGCACAAGGUGGAGCCAAAGUUACCACCCACCAUCAUCCCUCCGUGGUGUCAGCCCCUCCCUCAUCCCAUGUUGUCACGGCAGCUGUGGCCAACCCAGCCAUAGCAUUGGUUCCGCAGCAGCAACAACAGCAGCAGCAGCAGCAGCCUCAGCCUCCGCAGUCCUACAAAACCCCACUUCCUGGGUCCCCUCCUGCUGUGGUGCACUCUGGAGCAGCAAUGGGGCCCUCCACCACACCUCUUAUGGGUGCACCUCUCCCAUGCUCCACUUUCUUGCCCCGCCCAGACCGCAGGCUGGCUGUAGUGGACCGCUGGAGGCUUCCCAAAUCUACCAGUGCAGCCAUGGGAGUCAGGGGGGGCAUGGCAGAUAUAGGGCCCUUCCCACAAAAAGGAGCUCCUACGUGGGCAGGCAGUGGAGCUGCUAGCAGUGGUCUGGAUGGAUAUAAGAGGUACUAUGGCCCUAUUGAUCCUGAGGGCCUGGGGCCAUGUGUGGACCAGCAGGCAGGCUCUCAGACUCCCAAAACAAAGGGGAAGGGGGUUAAGUCUUUGGGGACACCUAGGUUGCCCCCAAAAAGCCAGACCCCAGCCCCACUGCCCCCUAACCCCCCACUGCAGCACCCCUCUCCCCCUCUCCCCUCAUCCCUCUGGAGAAAGCGCCGGCCCAAAAAGCCAAAGGAGCCUGGUGGUCCCCUGUACGAGAACAUUCUGCCCUUGGGCAGGAGAGGAGGUGGCAGAGAUGCAGGUCGUAGGCCCAGACCAUCUCCCCCACUCCCCAUUCCUGUGCCUGUACCCCUUUCCCCAACAUACACCCCUCCAUCCCCCUCUGCCUCACUCCCUUACACCUCCACCUCAUCCUCCUCUUCCAGCACUAGCUCCUCUAGCACUUCCUCCGCCUCUUCCUCUCGAUCCACAUCUCCCUCGUCCACCUCUAGCACCUCCUCACGUAGCACUAGGGAUAGAGAGGCAGAGGAGGACGAGGAAGAGGACCUGGAUGAGCUAACUGAGGAAUCCAGCCUUCUACAAGGACAUAACCGAGACAGAGAACGCUCCAUUCUAUCUCCCAGAUCCUUUACGCAUGGUCCACCACCACCUCCUGUACCCCCGCGCAAGCCUCGUGGCCCUCAUGGAGAGAGAGAAAGCGGAAGAGAGAGAGAGAGGGGUGGCAGCCAGCUUGCCCAACUCCAGGAGUGGUGGGCGGGAUGGGGGGAAAGAGAGAGGGAGCGAAGUGGUGGAGGAUCUGGUGACACUGAACGGAAGCGGGAGAAGAAGCGCCGGAAAGAGCGUGAAAAGGAGAAGAAGAAAAAGAAAAAGAAGAACAAGAAAAGGAAGAAGAGAGAGGAACGUGAGAGAGAGAGGGAGCGCAAGCGGCGAAAGGUGAAAAAGAAGAAGAAGAAGGCAACAAAGGUGAAAAAAAAGAAGAAGGUGUCUGCUGGCAAGCGCUCGGAGCCGGAGGAGGGUGAUGUGGAGGCAGAGAGAGAGGGAGAUGGGGAUGCAGAAAGAGAGGGAGAGUACUCCUCUUUCUCCACCCAGUACCGCAGCACAUUUGGAGACAAGGGAAACCUCUCACUUUGGGAAAGUGAGAGGGAGAGAGGGAGGAGAGAAGGAGGGGAGGAAAUGGGAGACGAACGAGAUGAGGAAAGUGGAGGGGGUCGGAGCAGAGAAAGGAGGCCAAAGAGCAGCCACACACGUCACAGGCCGUCCAGCAAGCGGUACCCUAACCUCAACAAGUUACCCGCCUCUGUCAAAUUCUGGGUCAGUGGAGGGGGUACAGAAGCAUCUGGAGGGUCACCUCCCUCAUCCCUGCACACCCUUCUACCGUCAACCAAGCGACGGAGGAGUAGCGGAGCAGAGAGGGAGGCAGGAGGGAGAGGAGGAGAGCGGCGGCCGCUGCUUCUGCACUAUGAAAGGGGCCGGGCGCACACCCGAGAGGGAUUGUCAUUCCAUGAGUGGGACUCAGAGGAUGAAGAGGAGGACGACGAAGAAGAGGAGGAAGAGAGAGAAAGGGAGCGAGAAAGGGAGAGGGUGGAGGAGAGAGUAAGGAGGGCAGGGGGAAGAGGGGCAGUAUCCGAAUCUGAGAGGGAUCGAGUCCAAGCAGAGGAGAGUUACUCUGAUGAUGGAUCCUCUGGGGAGUUUGGCCGCUUCGAGAGGUACUGGGAGGGCAGCGGGACGGGAGGGGUCAGCGGAAUAGGAGGCGGGGGCUGGUUUUUCGGAACCUACCCUGCCCGAGAGAAAGGAGGAAGCAUUAACAGCCGAGAUGAUUCCAUCCUGGGGCGAUCUGAAGGGUGGGGAGGGGGAGAUUUUUGGGGUUCGGGUGCAGGGAUUGGCUGGGGCUCUAGGGGAGGGAGUGGGGGACUCGGUCCACAGUGCCCACCAUUUCCCACUUCGCUCCCACCCCCUAGACGUUAUUGGUCCGUAGAUAAGUUGCCGAUGAAGGGUGAGAAACGUGGUCGCAGCGGGUCAAAGGGUAAAAGUCAAAGGGCUCGGGACAGGGAGCAAGAUGCAUGCUCAUAUGCGCAGUUUAGCCACGGCAGACCUCAUGGCCACCCCAAGCGGGGCAGUAUCACCUCGCGCAGCCAGGAGGAGCUGCUCCCCCACUGCCACAGCUUCAGCGGGGGUUCCCGCCCCAAACUGCCCCCAAAACCUGACACCACGAAAUCCGGGAGCCAGUCCAACCUCAGUACCCAACAGGCACAGCAUUCAGAACCGGCACCUUCCCCUCCCCAACCCUUGCUACCCUCCACGUCCGCCCCCUCUUCCCUCCCCAUGCCCAUCCCCCCACCCCCUUCUUCCGCUUCAGUGUCCCCCCCACCAGUGCUGUCACCUGGGCCGGCCACGGGUGCUUCCCAGUCCGUGACAGCCAGUGCCAAGCUCCAGUACCAGAGACUGCGCUCCGUGCCCCAACCGCGACGCUUUUAUUCCCCCCACCUGCCCCUCAAAGCCAAGAGCCUGUGCUCACGCCGUGGCUCCGCCCACUUCUCCAGUCUGGAGAGCGAGGGCAGCGACUACAACCGCCAUGACGGCGGCGGCCGGGAUGGCGGCAGUGAUGUCAUGACAGGAGACGGGUCAACGAAGGCCAUCUCCGUCACCACGGAAACCCCAGCCGUGCUCCACCUCCGGUCUGAACUGAGCAUUACGAUGUCAUCCGUAGUCCUGUCCUCCAAUGAGAAUGCUGGAUAG